AUGGACCUUAAUUUUUAGAAUUACUCAAUCUUAUAUCAAUCUCAGAAGUCUAAGAGAUGGAUUUCGAACUCAAGAAAAAGUCAUAGCUUACUUUUGCCCAAUAUAUAAAUAGACUUACGUCCCUUGCAUCGAUAUAAUAAUUUUGCCGAUUUUAUUUCAUAGCUGAUACUAGAAAUUGAAAAUCCCAGUAUAUUUUAAAAUUAAAAUAAAUUAUGGUACUUCGAAAAAGAACGUCAAGAUGGAAAACUAAUGCUAAAUUAUUUCAAUAUCAAUAUUCAUACAUAAUAUCCAUAAAUUAGUGAAAUUANAAAGCCAAAAGACAAGUAGCAAGAAUAACUUGAAGAGCAAGAAGAUGUACUUGAAUUACCAAAUACAUUCAUAAUUGAUUCAUUGAAAAUAUCACCUGAAGAUGAAUAAAUCUUAUCAUAAUUUAUGGUUGGAAAUGAUACUAAAACUAAUUAAAUUAUAGAAGACUUUUAAAAAGGAUUAUAAGAUGAUGAAAAUAAGAAACACCACGAAAAUAUUAUGAAUAAUCCAAAAGUAGUAUGUGUGUAUGAAAAGUAAAGAAUAAUAAAUUAAUAUUUUAUAGUGUUGCAGAAUUAAUGAAAACAUACAGAUCAGGUAAAUUGCCAUAACCAUUCCAUCUAAUCCCAAAAUUGGAACAUUGGAAAUAAGUGUUUGAAUUAACCAAACCUUUGGAAUGGUCUCCUUAAGCAAUCUUUGCCGCUACCAAAAUCUUUUCUUCUGCAUUAGAUAGAUAACAAACUGAAUAUUUAUAUUCCACUGUCAUAUUACCUGCAGUCAGACUCAGUAUUCAACAAGACAAAAGAUUAAAUGUCCAUUUAUAUAAUGCAUUAAUUAAAGCUAUGUAUAAGCCUUAAGCAUGGUUCAGAUCAAUAUUGUUUCCUUUAUGUUUAGAGAAGGAUUUUACCCUAAAAGAAGCAUAGAUUAUAGGCAGUGUUAUUCAUAAAGUAAAUCCCUUAAUUUGAUAUUCUAGUUACAUGUUCCACCUAUUCAUGGUUCAAUAGCCAUCUUUAAAGUUGCUUAGUUAGAUUUUACAGGUCCAGUUGCUGUGAUUUUGAAAGUGUUAAUUGAAAAGAAGUUUUCUCUGCCAGAACGAGUAUUAUUUAACAAUAUUUUAGGCUUUGGAUGAAGUGAUUAAAUAUUUUAUGAGAUAUGAAAAUGAUCCAAGAGAAAUGCCAGUUAUUUGGCAUCAAAUGAUUUUGAGAGUCUGUGAAUUGUAUCAGCUUAAAUCAGAUCAUAAAGACUAAUUAAAAAAAUUAAUCAAUAAAAAGAAGCAUCAUUUGAUUACCAAGGAAAUAUAGAAACAACUAAAUAAAGGCACUAAAAUGGAUGUAGAAAAAUGAUUAUAAACUAAUGUUCAUAUAUUUUUAUAAAUAAGAUGGACCUUAAUUUUUAGAAUUACUCAAUCUUAUAUCAAUCUCAGAAGUCUAAGAGAUGGAUUUCGAACUCAAGAAAAAGUCAUAGCUUACUUUUGCCCAAUAUAUAAAUAGACUUACGUCCCUUGCAUCGAUAUAAUAAUUUUGCCGAUUUUAUUUCAUAGCUGAUACUAGAAAUUGAAAAUCCCAGUAUAUUUUAAAAUUAAAAUAAAUUAUGGUACUUCGAAAAAGAACGUCAAGAUGGAAAACUAAUGCUAAAUUAUUUCAAUAUCAAUAUUCAUACAUAAUAUCCAUAAAUUAGUGAAAUUAUAGUUCUCCCAAAGAAGAAUUUAAGGACAGGAAAAAUAGAAGUAAAUUUUCAAUAUAUUCUAAUAGAUAACCUAUGAUCUCACUAAGGAUGAAUCAGAUAUUAUAAUAUCUACCAGAAGACAAGGUAUUUAUACAAAAAAUAUUAGUCUAUUUUAUUAGUUCGUAGAAUUGCUUGAAAUCAAGUCAAAAAGAUAUAAAUAAAAUAGCAAAAAUAAUUUCCAAUUCAGCGAAAUAUCGUAUAUAUGAAAUGAAAUUAUAAAUGUGUCAAAUAGAUUGCAUGGACAAGGAAAAAUAGUAGAUUAUGGACUGGAGAAGUAUUCUCUUUGAUGGACAAUUUUACAUUAUGCAUGGAUAAGAUACUCUAAAAUCCGAUUUCUAGUAUGUCAUUGAUUUAACAAUAAUCAUCAAAUUAAUAUAUUAUAACCCUGUAUAAUUUAAAUGGAAUGCCAUCUAAAGUUGA